AUGUCUGCCAAUGACGAAAUCGUGAAACUCGAUGUCGGAGGCGUCAUUUUCAAGACUUCAAAGCCGACGCUCACUAAAUUCGACGGAUUCUUCAAGACAAUGUUCGAAUCGGAGGAUAAGUUGAAAGAAGACGAAAAUGGGUGCGUAUUCAUCGAUAGAGACCCGAAACACUUCCGUCUGAUUCUGAAUUUCAUGAGAGACGAAGACGUCGUUCUUCCAGAAUCCCUGAAAGAGAUUCAGGAGAUUCUGAAGGAAGCGAAGAAUUAUGAAUUGGAUGGACUCGUUAAAAUAUGCAUUGAGAAGGUGCCAACUGAAAGUGCCGCUAAACCGAAAUUUCGUCUUAUUGAAAGCGAUGUUCAGAUGAUGCAGAUUGUUACUAAUCCCGAGAAGCCAGUUCUCAUUAUCCACUACCGAAUGGAAAACUGGGAAACCGCCACUCGAUACUUCAGCAUUUCCAAUUUCCAAAAGAAAUACGAACAGUAUUUCGAUAUUUAUUUCAAAAUCGCCACAUCCAUUGGCGAUACCAAAUGGAGCUACUCGAUUCACGAUAAGGCUCCGAACAUCUUCUCGACACCAAAAUCGUGUCAAGAGAACAAUUUCUACUGGUCACUCGAGAAUAGUAUCAACCGAUUCUUCCAGUUGAGACAAUAA